AUGUCAGCAGUAUCUCUCUUCUUGCUGCUACUCCUCCAAAAAACUUGCCAUGCUGCUGCAGCAGAUGGCCAGGUCCCGGACCACUACUGUGAACCUUCUUCCUGCGGGGAAAUCCCCAUCAUCAAGCCCCCUUUCCGGCUCACAACCGAUCCCGAGAGUUGCAGUAACCUCAACCUUAGCCUGUCAUGUGAGAGCAAUGCCACCGUGUUGUACAGGGGAUCAAGAAGGUACUACGUGAAGGCGAUCAACUACAACAACUUCACAAUCCGGUUGGUGGCCGAUGGCGUGGUUAAAGGAAACUGCUCUUCCUUACCCGCUCAACCUAUGUCCCCAUGGGACUUCUCUGUCUCAGUAGGUGGUCUAUCUUACCAUGGACCAGAACACAAGCUUUUAACUCAAGGCUUGACUCUGAUCAGCUGUGACAACCCUGUUGUCCAUUCUUCUACUACUACACCACCACCACCACUAGUGCAAGUGGAAACAAGUCCUUGCAUCCAAUUUGGACCAAACUCUGCUUCUUCUUCGACCAGCUAUGCUGUUAUUGGGUGGGGUGCAGAGUUAUCAGAUUUGCCAGACUCGUGCCGGGUGGAGAUGACUGCUCUGUUGCCCAUUGCCAGUGAUUACUAUUACAACAACAAUAACGUCACAUUUGAAGGAAUUCAUCGACAGCUUGAAUACGGGUUCGAGGUUUCAUGGUUGCCUCCUCCCACUGAGUCGUACACUUACAGAUGCCCCUAUCGGGGGCCGAGUUGGAUCCAUGAUCCAGGGAAACCGAACACUAUCAUCUCGAAUGCAGUGAUGAGUGCAAGCUGGAUCAUUAGGAUUGUGAUUCUAAGUCGCCUGUUAUUGCUAGUACUUGGCACCCCUGUCGUAGUUGCACUUCUGAUAUGUAAAUGGCGGAGGAGGCAUCGAUCAAUAUAUCACAGUAUCGAAGAAUUCCUGCAGAACCAAACCCACAUCAUGCCAAUCAGGUACUCUUACUAUCACAUCAAGAAAAUGACCAGUGGGUUGAAGGACAAGCUAGGCCAAGGAGGGUUUGGCUCCGUCUACAAAGCAAAGCUACGCGGUGGCAGCAUUGCAGCCGUCAAAUUACUAGAUACCAACAACAAGAAGCCAUCCACAACCGCAGCAGGACGAAGAGGACAAGACUUCAUGAAUGAAGUGGCCACCAUUGGCAGGAUUCACCAUGCCAAUGUUGUCCGCAUGAUCGGCUACUGCUCCGAAGGAUCAAAGCAAGCUCUGGUCUACGAGUUCAUGCCGAAUGGCUCUCUCGACAAGCACAUCUCUCACCAAAAUGGCGGUGGUGGUGAUCAAAGCAGCAGCACCACCCCUAGUUUGAGCUUGGAACAACUGUACCGCAUCUCUCUGGGGGUAGCACGCGGGAUCGAGUAUCUGCACCGUGGUUGUGUGAUGCAGAUACUCCAUUUCGACAUCAAGCCACACAACAUCCUCCUGGACGAAGACUUCACCCCCAAGGUAUCCGAUUUCGGGCUGGCGAGACUGAACCAAGCCGGUCGGGACAAUGACAUUGCGACUCUGACUGCAGCAAGAGGGACUAUAGGGUACAUGGCACCCGAACUUUUCUACAAGAACAUUGGAGGUGUCUCUUACAAAGCCGACGUCUACAGCUUCGGGAUGCUGUUGCUGGAAAUGGUUGGGAAGAGGGGGCACUUGAUUGCCGCGGAGACGGAUCAAUCGUCUGCUUACUUCCCCUCCUGGGUUCAUAACCAGGUGUCUACGGUUGGGACCCGUAUUGCAGUUGGAGAAGUCACAGAAGAGGAAGACAACAUUGCCAAGAAGAUGGUGAUGGUUGGAUUGUGGUGUAUACAGAUGAAACCUGACGAGCGUCCCCCGAUGAACAAAGUGUUGGAGAUGCUUGAAGGCGAUUUGGACAGCCUGCCAGUGUCUCCCAAACCUCUUCUGUAUCCUAGAGGAGAAGCUGCAAGGAAGAGUCAAGAAGGGUCAUCGUUUGUGUCAUCAUCCGAGUACACAAAAUCUGUUAUCAGCACUCAGUGUGAUGGUUAA